UCGGAGCGUGUUUCGUUUCCUCGCUGACAGCCCUCUUAAAAAAUCGCGAACAAUAUGCAACGAUAAAGCACUAAUUGCAUCGUCUUAAUCGAGAAAUUUCAUCUCGCUGAUCGUUGCGAAUCAGAUAUUAAAAUAUAAAUAAUAAAUAUUUCUCAUUUUCCGUUCGUUCCUUUGGUUAGUUUUUUUUUCUUUUUUUUUUUGUGAUUUUGUUCAUAAAAGUGAAUUGAGUUUGAUAGUGUCAAAUAUUAGUAAAUUGCAAAAAAACAACGUGAAUUUUUCGACAAUUUACAAUUAGCGACUGUUCUGGACAAAUAAACGUAACGUGACGUGAUUGAGGGCGUUCUCGCAAAGGUAUAAUAAAAGAUAUUGAUCGUCGUUAAAGGUAGAUCUAGUAAUUCUCCAAGCUGGGCGACAGUAGGGGAAAACAUCGUAGGGUCAGAAUGGCCGACGAAAAUCAGCGGACAACUCAAGUUCCCAAGGAGAACAGAAUCUCAAAACAUAUUCCCAUCUUUUUCAAAGUGAUCGAAAUUAUUUUAGCCAUCUUCGCGAUUGGCCUCUUGGUUGAUCCUUUAAAUUCGUUCCAACGGGUCUUUAACAAGCCACGAUUUAAAUUAGACGAUGCAGCAUUCAUUUAUGUAACAGUGGCUGGUUAUAUUAUGAUAAAUUCGCUUUUUAUCAUAUGUCAUUUGCUCGGUGAUCGAUUACCAAAAAGAACGAUGAUAAUAUUUUCCUCGUUGGGUGCGAUUCUACAUAUAGUAGCCGGUAGCCUAAUCAUUCACAACUGGCGUACCAUUCAAAGGCCCUACUAUCACAUGCAAAAUAAUGAACUAUAUCCGAGCAAACAAUAUAUGGACAUGUUAAUAUCCUCUGCGAUUUUCGUCCUUAUAAACGCUUUGACUUUCGUUGCAGAAAUUUUUCUGAUUCUAAAAUAUUCAACGAGAACAUGAAGAAAACCUACAAAAACGGAUGAUCAGCUCGAACGAAAGCAUUAUUUUUGAGGCAUAAUAAAUCAAUAAUAUUUUUCAAUAAAUAAUAAAUAUUCAUCGAUAAUUUAAAAGAAAGAUUUCGUGAUCGAAUGGUUAUCUGGAAGAUAAGAAUUACCACCGAAUGUGUUCGUAAAAAAAAAUAUUAUCGAAAUCAGAUCCAUUUGUAAUUUCUAAUUAAUGAAAUCAAUCUUAACUUUUAUAAUACUAUUAUAUUUGUCUGCUCGGAGUGCUCGCAAAUAUCAACGUAAUUUAGAGUCCUCAGAUUCUAAAUGAUUUUUCGAAAGAAAAAUACUAUGAAUAUUUACGUAUAUACAACGCUGAAGUCCAAAGUUUAUACAAUAUAUCUUAUAAGAAAUCUUAAUGUUACGUAAUUAAUUAAUAUGCAUAGGUACGUAUAUAAUUAUAAGGAAUGAAUCCGUCCAUAUAUAUUAAUGAUAACAAUGGUAAUUCGUGAAGUAGGAUAAUAUUUACAAAUGAAUAUUUUAUACGUAUCAUCGAUUUAUAUUAAACAUUUAUGUUAGAACGUUAGUAAGGAAAUUACUAUCGUUCAUAAUUCUUUGAUAUUCACUAUGUAAUUAUUAUACACCAAAUUGUCUAACAUAGUAGCACCUUGAUCACUUGUACAAUUAAAUAAUAGGCAAGUUAUUUUAAUAUACUUUCAGUUUUCACUAAGUUAAGUAAUUAUUAUCAACAAAAUGUAC